AUUUUAUUUUUCGAAAUUCUAUUGACUAAAUGUAAACCAUACACUUAUACUGAUCAAUUUGCUGCCACCGAGUCAUUCUGCUGCUCAAUUUGCUGUCACCGCUAUAUUUUUUGCUUCAAAGACUACUAUAAAUCUACCCAUCACCGGACAUUUCUCACAGCAAACUUCAAGAGGUAGCAUUUGAAGUUGAUCGUAACAUUAUGAGUGAGCAACUUCCCCUUAGUCUUGAUGCUUCUGCUGAUCCACCUACCCUCUUUGAUGGAACCACAAGGCUGUAUAUAUCCUACAUAUGCCCAUAUGCCCAAAGAACUUGGAUUGCUAGGAACUACAAGGGUCUGCAAGACAAGAUAAAAUUGGUCCCGAUUAAUCUCCAAAAUAGGCCUCGCUGGUACAAGGAGAAGGUGUACCCUGUAAACAAGGUGCCUGCUCUGGAGCAUAAUAAUCAAGUUAAAGGGGAGAGUUUGGAUUUGCUAAAAUACAUUGAUGAAAAUUUCGAAGGCCCGAAAUUGUUUCCUAAUGAUCCUGCGAAGCAGCAGUUUGCAACAGAACUCUUGGAUUACAGUGAUACUUUCAAUGAAGUUAAUCACCCUGCAAUUGCAUCUAAGGGCGAUGUGCCUUAUGAACUUGAUGCUGCAUUUGAUAAGUUGGAAGAAGCCCUUGCUAAGUUUGAUGACGGACCAUUUUUCCUCGGCGAAUUCAGUCUGGUGGAUAUUGCGUAUGCUCCAUUUAUUGAAAGGUUCCAGUGCGGCUUUCAAGCGUUAAAGAACUAUGACAUCACCAAAGGCAGGCCCAGGCUGGCAAAAUGGACAGAGGAGUUGAACAAGAUUGAUGCCUAUACGGCAACUAAGGGUGACCCUGAAGAGUUUCUUCAUGCUCUUAAGAAGAGAUUUGGGAUUGAAUGAAGGUCCUCCGUGCAGAUUAACUAUAAACUCUUGUCACCUCAGUUUAUACAUUAUUUAUGAACAGCUUGCACAAGAUAAUAAUCAUCCGAUUGUGUAAUUAUAUUGGAUUUAAUUGCAAAUAUACCCCCAUGGACUAUAAGUGGUUGUCAUUAUAUGAAUGUAUUAAUCUACGAUCUGUUCACUCUUCAUAUUGUUUCAUGGGGUCUGGAUGAGAAGGGAAUUUUCUUUUUAGAAAAAGGUAAAUCCUCAUUAAAAAUUGAGACGUGACAGUGA